ACGUUAUGUGUCGUAAAUUGACAGUAUUUAUGGCUAUUCUGAUAUUCGUGACGGCGACGUGUGAAGCUUUAGAUUGUACAAAUCCUGAAGUCCCAGAAACUACGAAAUGUUUGGAGAUAUUUAAGGAACUUGGUGAAAACAUAAUCAGACUUGAUAUUUCCAACAAAACCGGCCCCACAAAAGUGAUCGAAAUCUGUAUAAACUUCAACCGUUGCCGCCAGACACUCGAUUGUCAACCCGACAAGGUUUUUGCCAUCGUUGUCAACACAGGCCUAAUGUUCUGCGAGUACGCUCAGUUCUUCCUCGAUACAUUCGUCCCUUGCCAGGUCAAGAUUGACGCCAAAGCUUCCGAGUGCUCUAAAAACUGGGAUCCCUACCCGAGUGAGAUUUCGGAUAAGGAGAAGAUGGCAAAGAUUCACAAAGAGGCAUGUGAUAACCUUUUCGGGAAAGACAAUUGCCUAGAAAAGGAAAUCACAGAGACAUGCGGAGUAGAGAUGUGGAAGGGGUUCCGGAAGAACACUCUAGCAAUGAAGACAUUUAUGGGAACAUGCAAGUUUGGAGAGGAAAUAACCAUACCGAAAUAAUUAAUAGCACCAUAUUUAAAACGUAAACACUCCUGCCUAUUGAUUUUUUUUCAAAUGAAUAAUUUUAUAUC